GGCGCCUGCGCAGUGCCCGCGGCGCCCGUCGUCGCUCGCGCCCCCUCCCCCCCGCCCCCCGCCGUGCCCGCGCUCCCCCCUCGCCCCCAUGCGGCGCUGAGGCGGCGGCGGCGGCAGCGGGGCGGCCCCGGGGCGGCGGGCACCGGCCGGGCGCCAUGGAGGGCAUGGACGUGGACCUAGACGCCGAGCUGAUGCAGAAGUUCAGCUGUUUGGGCACCACCGACAAGGACGUGCUGAUCGGCGAGUUCCAGAGGCUCCUGGGCUUCCAGCUCAGCCCCGCCGGCUGCGCCUUCUUCCUCGACAUGACCAACUGGAAUCUACAAGCUGCCAUUGGAGCCUACUAUGAUUUUGAGAGUCCAAAUAUCAAUGUACCCUCCAUGUCCUUUGUUGAAGAUGUCACCAUAGGUGAAGGAGAGUCCAUCCCUCCUGAUACCCAGUUUACAAAAACAUGGAGGAUACAAAACACAGGGUCAGAGGCAUGGCCCCCAGGGGUUUGUCUGAAGUACGUCGGGGGAGACCAGUUUGGCCACGUAAACAUGGUGAUGGUCAGGUCCCUGGAGCCCCAGGAGAUUGCAGAUGUCAGCGUUCAGAUGUGCAGCCCCAGCACAGCAGGAAUGUAUCAGGGACAGUGGCGAAUGUGCACUGCCACAGGACUCUUUUAUGGAGAUGUCAUCUGGGUGAUCCUCAGCGUGGAAGUUGGAGGACUUCUAGGUGUAACACAGCAGCUGUCGUCCUUUGAAACAGAGUUCAACACGCAACCCCAUCGCAAGGUAGAAGGAAACUUUAACCCAUUCGCCUCUCCACAGAAGAACAGGCAACCAGAUGAAAACAACAUAAAAGACCCUGGGGGUUCCGAGCUAGGCACAAUCAGCAAAAACACAUGGGGGCCUGCUCCUGACCAAAUCGAACAAGAUCAGAAUGGACUGUCACAAAACUCUGUAAAUCUCUCCCCCAACAGUCACUCGAACAACUUGUCGGUAGUGACAUACAGUAAGGGUUUCCACGGUCCUUAUCCCUUCGGACAGUCUUAAAACACAAAAAUAACACAAAACGGGUAUCGACAAGAGGAGAAUUAAACAAAACUGACGUGGGGGGAGGGAGGGGGGUUCAUGUGGCAGAGCCAACGUGGACCAACCCCCCCCUUCACUGCCUUCCUGUUCUGGAUAAAGAAGAAAAUACAAAAACCCAAUAACUUAAGACUAGCUGUUUCCAGAGGAAAAGACAAACCAUAAGGAUGCAUGUGUGAAUGCUGGAUUUCAGGAGUGCUGCUCAAUGCUAUGAGAAAGGAAAGAAAACCAUACCAACAACCAUGGGGGUUUGGGUGGUUUUUAGCAAUCAGUCUCACACCUAAUUAGGUAGCUUGAAAAGAGCUUUCAAUAAUGAAAAAGCCAUCUUUGGGACACACAAGAAGGACUGUUUUGCCUACAGAGCGGUUGUAGUUGGAGCAAAUGUUGAAUUUCUGUUUGUUUCUUGUUGCUGAUCUUUCUUUGGAGCAGGGGACAGCGUGCAUUCCUGUCCAGUGUGGCUUCAGAACUUGCUUAUUAGCAUCUGCUGGGCUUUGUGCAGUGACUCCUCGUUGUCAGACUGCUUGGGUGGUUUCUUUAGUGACAGGUUGGGUCUGCACCCAACUCUGCAUUUUUAACACCUUCUGCUGACUUUAGUGACCAACUUUUUAAUCUUUUCUUUCUCAUUUUUACCUCUUGUUUAGCUUUGUGGUUUGGAUGUUGCUGUGUGGCUGUCCUGCAUGGCAUUGGAAACCAUGCUUGAGGCAAACCAGGUCACACUUAGCAAAGUUGGAGAGAAAAGACUCUGGGACUGCUAGGGUAACAUAGGGGGCUCGUUUCUCUUCCCCUUGGUCAUGAAGUACCCACAAAAAGACACCCAUAGGAAGAAGAAACAGAUUUCUUGAUGUUCCAGAGCUAUCCUGUGUGAUUAGCAUCUUAAAUACCUUUUUCUUAACUCUUCAUGUACAGUAGCUGUGCCUAGAGCAACCAAGCAAAGGUAUCAGUUGUGUGCCAAGAGGAAGCUCGCUCUGUAGCUGGAAUUCACUUGGUAGUAGUUGCAAAGCUUUACAGAAGUCAUGUCCUUUUAAUUUUGCAUCUCCCAUGUCUCUCUUACAGAGGAUAAGUUUGCAUUCAUGUCUCCUGUGAGAAAGUAUUAGCUUAGGGGCUGAUAGUUUGUGUUUUUUGAAGGCAGAGUAGGAGUUGGCAUCGUCAGCUGGAUUUUGCUCUGCUUUUAUCAUCCCGGCUUGUAGCUUCAUUGAGGCUCUUACCUUCAAAAAUGGGCUCUCUGGGGCAUGGUGUUAGAGGAGGAAUCUUUCCUCUAAUGACUUGGGUUGCUCUGCUGUUCCUCCAGUGUAUUUUCCUCCAGUUCUAAAGUGCUGUGUCACUGCAGGUCCUGCUGAAGGGGAGCAAGGUGAGGGGACACAACUCAAAUGUGAACAGGAGUAGAACAGCUGUCUGCCAAAGGCACAGUAACACACAAAGCUCCCACUGCCUUCUUCCAGAUCUUUACAGUGAAGGCUUGUUCUCCUCAGAGCAGAGCCAGGCUUUGCUGCAUGGUGCAUGGCUUUACACCCAUGGCUCUUGACUAGUUGUGUUUUCUUAGUUGGUUUUGAAUGGAGGAUCCAUAUUCAUUGCCUCUAGCAACGACUCUUCUCGUUGGGCACACAGAUGGGUCUUGUGGAGGACAAUGAAAGCUCCUCACAUCCAAGAGAGAAGGCACUGGACAAUAGGUUUUGUUGGUAUUUCAGAGAUUCAGUUAUUAAAGGUCACUGUUAUCUGAAGUCUCCCUUCAGAGAUCUGUUUGCUGGGAGAGACAAGUGUAGUGUAAGGAAUUGCCUGCCUAGAAGAGGCACUGCAGGAUUUGGACUGCUAGCUGCUUGCACUUGCAGCUUGGUGAGCAGCUGGGUCUGUCUCUGCAGCUUGCUGGAGCAGGGCAAGUGCCAAGAUCCAGAGUGAACCCCAUGAAGGUGGUGCAGCACUGCUCAGUGCAGCUGCAGGGUUUAAUUCUUUCCUGUUCUAUCAAUUUGCCUUGGAUUAGUUGGUUCCUCUUAGCAUUCAGCCUAGGGAAUGACUUGCAUCACUGUAGUGUAAUGGGGGCAAGUGGAUUCUUUCUUCACUCCCUCCUUGCCAAGCAAGUGGCUCUGAAGGCAUGAGCAUGUACUUGACCAUCACACCUCUGGCAGUAGUGCUGCUUCCCUUCUGAAGGUGUCUGAACCACUGGAGACUGCAGUUUGUCCCAGUGACAAGGUGAUUCCUUAUCUUUAUUGGCUCCUUUUAUCAGCUGCAUCGUGGAAUGGAGGAAAAAAACCCUGAAGCCCUGGCUCUGUGUGUUACAGCUGGUGCUGCACCCUUUGCCUUGUGUCAGCUGAGGCACCUGGGAGACCCUUGAACUCAGACACCCCCCACGCUGGCUUGCUUCUGCUCCCAGCCACAUAUGCCCCUCCCAUGUAAGGUAGCAGCCACCUUUGUAUUUCUGUGCUUCUCACAAGGCUCGAUUUUCCUGCUCUUGAAUCAACCAACAACCCCAGAAAACCCCAAGCCCUUGCAUGCACCCCGAGCAGCUGUGUGCUUCCCUGCUCAGAAGGCAAUACUUGCUCUCCACAGGCUUGAAUCCUCUCCUCAGUUCAGCCCAUGGUUUCCUGUGACAAGGGAUCACCUGUUCCAGGUUGUAGAGAAAGGCAGGGCCAGGUCUGAGUUGCUGCUGAAACCUGCAGCCUUGUGCUGCUCACGUGGCUGCCCUGCCCCAGGCAGCUGGGUGUGAGAGCUCAUGGCUGCAGGAAUGGUCUCUGCAAAGGCUGGUGCAGAGCUCUGGAUGCUCUGAGGGUUGAGGUUGGAACCCUGGCUGUGACAGUGGAGGAAUGUUUAAAUUAGGGGUUGCUCUACCUCUAGGCUUUUUUUUUCCUCAAGUAAAAAGUGUUUUGCUGAGGCCAAAGGUGGUUUUAUCUCCCCUGGUUCCUUGGAGCUCAGUGGUGCAGCCAAGCCCUCAAAUUGCUCUUGCUGACAGGUUUCCAGCUUUUAAAUAGGAGGGUUUGAGAUGGGUUCAGCAAAGCUCUUUCCAGGUGGCUUUAGGGCACUGUGAUUGUAUUGGUUUCCAUAGGACAGUUACAUUCAAACUCUCAGAGUCUUAAUGUCAGCUACAUGAACCAAAUAGCCUGGUUUUUCAGAGGUGCUGAAUGCCAAAUACUUCUGGUGAGCCUGAGGUGUGUGGUGGCUCAGGCAACCUGAUCCACAGGAGCUACACACACAGAACUCAGUCAACAGGGGGGAAUCCUUCCUGGGCUCAGACUGGUGAAUCACUGAAGAGGCUGUUACCCUGGUAAGGCUGAUGGUCCUGCCUGGGGGAGGGAUGGGGCUGGGACCCACUAGGAUGAGAGAGUGCAGUGACAGAGGCUGCAACUGGAUCCACUCUGAUUAACACCCAACUGUCUUGAAGUCCUGAGAAGGAGGGAGAGGUGUUCCAUACCCUCACCCCUCUGGAAGAAGGAUAACACAGAACAUCUCAGAUGGUCUCUAAAUGGGUCCCUGUGUCAACAUGAGCCACUUGACACGUGUCACUCAUCAGUGGCAGCCCAGGCACCUGCAGCACAACACCCUCAGGCUACCCCAAAACUGGGAAUGCCACACGAGGGAUGGAGGUGUUGGGGCAGCUGGAACCUUCUGACCACAUCUCUGGAGCUUUGGAUUCAGACCCCUCCAAGGUUUGGAAGAUGUGGCUCCUCUCCAAAGGGACAGAGCCUGCAGGGUGAGGGGAUGCAGGCUCAGGACAUGCACGCUGUCCCACCUCUGCCUUUCUGUUGUGUGUUUCAUUUCUCUUUAUUUUGGUGUGAGUGUGUGGGUGGUUCUGCAGCCUGUCUGUUCUCUCCAGGAGGAGUGCAUGUGUAGAACAGGGUGGUGUGUUGCCUCAUUGAGUCUGGGAGAAGUCCUGUGAUAGCACAUUGGGGGUGACAAUAAAGGAAGCUUUUUUUUUUUCCUUAAUGUAUAAAUGAAUAUUUGUAUGAUUAAAUUAACACAGAAAAACCCAAA